AAUCUCACCACCCAGCCAUGAGGUAUUUUACUGCUGUCUAGAGAUCAAAUUAUUACUGUAAAGAAGAUCUUUAUGUUUUCUGUGUUUCAUUAACAGAUUAUUAUAAAGCAAUAAGCAUGCAGAAAGGAAAGCAGACGCUUUACGUUGGGAAUUAAUGAAUGCAUGUCUGCUUGGUUUUUUUUCUUGGCAGGGUGAGGGGAGGAGGGGGAGUUGUUUAAAAUCUUAUACCACCCUCAUAAACAAAACUCUUCAGAAUGGAAAUGGUGAAAUAAGGAAAUGCAUGAUUCAAGAGGCAUCCCUAAGCACCCAUGUGUUAGGCUAUGUGGUGUUCGUGAUAUCAUCGGACCUUUUGGACGGGUGGCUUACUGAGAGCUCCAUUUCUGGAGAGCCUUGCAAGACUGAGGAAUAUCAGACUGCGAAUCACCGGCAACCGUUCCCUUGCAGCACAGAAGCAAUCUCUCUCCCCAUCUUCGCAUGUUCUGAUGGCAAAUCAAAUGGAAGAAAAGAGGAAGCAUGACUGCAGACCAGAUCAGUUCUCUUUGUGGAUUACAUUUUCAGUAAAAUGUACGGAUAUAUCUUUUCCUUGUUCUUAUAUUUAGAUCAUGAGACUUGACUGAGGCUGUAUCCUUAUCCUCCAUCCAUCUAUGGCGAACUAUAGCCAUGCAGCUGACAACAUUUUGCAAAAUCUCUCUCCUCUAACAGCUUUUCUGAAACUGACUUCCCUGGGUUUCAUAAUAGGAGUCAGCGUGGUGGGCAACCUUCUGAUCUCCAUUUUGCUAGUCAAAGAUAAGACCUUGCAUAAAGCACCUUACUACUUCCUGUUGGAUCUUUGCUGCUCAGAUAUCCUCAGAUCUGCAAUUUGUUUCCCAUUUGUAUUCAACUCUGUCAAAAAUGGCUCUACCUGGACUUAUGGGACUCUGACUUGCAAAGUGAUUGCCUUUCUGGGGGUUUUGUCCUGUUUCCACACUGCUUUCAUGCUGUUCUGCAUCAGUGUCACCAGAUACUUAGCUAUCGCUCACCACCGCUUCUAUACAAAGAGGCUGACCUUUUGGACGUGUCUGGCUGUGAUCUGCAUGGUGUGGACUCUGUCUGUGGCCAUGGCGUUCCCCCCAGUUUUAGAUGUGGGCACUUAUUCAUUCAUUAGGGAGGAAGAUCAAUGCACCUUCCAACACCGCUCCUUCAGGGCUAAUGAUUCCUUAGGAUUUAUGCUGCUGCUUGCUCUCAUCCUCCUAGCCACACAGCUUGUCUACCUCAAGCUGAUAUUUUUUGUCCAUGACCGAAGGAAAAUGAAGCCAGUCCAGUUUGUAGCAGCAGUCAGCCAGAACUGGACUUUUCAUGGUCCUGGAGCCAGUGGCCAGGCAGCUGCCAAUUGGCUAGCAGGAUUUGGAAGGGGUCCCACACCACCCACCUUGCUGGGCAUCAGGCAAAAUGCAAACACCACGGGCAGAAGAAGGCUUUUGGUCUUAGACGAGUUCAAAAUGGAAAAAAGAAUCAGCAGAAUGUUCUAUAUAAUGACUUUUCUCUUCCUCACCUUGUGGGGCCCCUACCUGGUGGCCUGUUAUUGGAGAGUUUUUGCAAGAGGGCCUGUAGUACCAGGGGGAUUUCUAACAGCCGCUGUCUGGAUGAGUUUUGCCCAAGCAGGAAUCAAUCCUUUUGUCUGCAUUUUCUCCAACAGGGAGCUGAGGCGCUGUUUCAGCACAACCCUUCUUUACUGCAGAAAAUCCAGGUUACCAAGGGAACCUUACUGUGUUAUAUGAGGGAGCAUCUGUGCAUCUUUAGCCUUGUGAAACACUAACCUUCUCUGCUAAGCAAUUGUGGCCUGUAGCCAUAUCUUGAGAAGAAAAUCAAGAAUGGGAUCAGCGGUUAUAAGGAUUUGGGCAACAUUCUGCAGUCUUUGCAAUAGUUCACCUAUAAUCCUAUUUUAAAUCUCAAAGUGAUCCUGCUGACUGCUGGCGAAGGUUUGUAAUUAAGAAAGAACUAAACCACUGCCCUAAGUUUCUUUAUGUGGUUGAAAACUAGUUAAUGAAAGUAGCAGGUGCUAAGUAUCAGUGCUAAAUGCUGUGUAUAUCACUACAUAUGAUAAAAACAUCAAACCCAAUUAGCAUUGGACAUCUUAAUAAAUUAAGUUGAUAUGAGGUAAAUGUGUUGAUAAAAACUAAUUUUAGAAGUUUGAAGACUUUAAAACAUUUCAUACUAUUGUUUUGCAAAGACUAAAAUAUUUGGGGACUUAAAGUACUGUAACCACUAAAGACGUGCCAUGAAUUAUUGGAUUAUCACACUAAAAAAAAAAAUCACCUUGUAAGUUUUGAGGAGCAUUCCAAAAGCAGUAUAUUGGUUCCAAUUAGAGUUUACCUUUUUUCUUUUUUUUUUUGUAUUCCUACAUUACUAUUACUAUUUCUAAAUACCACUUUCCUUACCUACUAGUGAAAUUGCUAGCACUGAACUGUAUUACGUGAUUUUUGUUGAUUUGGUAUAAAGUUUUUCCAGUUCAUUUAUAUUUUUCGAAUGCUAGAUAUUGAUCUGGGAGGCAACAUUAAUGGUACCAACUGGUCAUAACUGAGCAGCCCUAAUAAUGCAGAAUAAACACAUGUUGCCUUAAAGGGUUAUCUAGUAUCUUUCAUCUUAUUUAGCACUGGAGCAAAUAGUCAAGAGAAACUGAAUCAGUAACUGGUUAUGGUCAAGCAUCUGGAAGUGCAUGGAAGAUCAUUUAGUACUCUUUUUCCUUUUUCCUCAUAUGGUUUGAAAAAUUAAGGUACACAUCACUGGGAUAAUGAAAUUUUCUUGCGAGGUGUGCUACCCAUUCUAGUGUGUUCUAAGAAGCAGGCAGUUGAUAAAUGUUUCUAUUUUAAGUCAGCUGUCAAGGGGAGACCACAGCCUUAGUAUGACAUCCUGCACAAUUUGUGAAGCAUUUAUUCUACUGAAGGCACAGUCUUGUUUAUACUUUCUGCACAUUCAGUGUAUUGGUCGUUGAAAUUAUUUCAGUUUUAACUUGUGAAAGCUUAUAAUAUGAUUUCUGGUAUUUUAGAAAUACAUUAGAGUCUGUGAGUCUCAUUCUUUAAGAUACAGAUGUGUGAAUUUCAAUAUAAAGUUGCAUUUGCCAAAAUUUACCCGUGUAGCCUGUUAAUUUUCUUGGAAUAAAAUUUUACAUUUUUGGCAUUUAACUUUUUUUUUUUUUUGCCUGGGGAGCAAACACAAACUAGGAAGACUAGCUUUAUUAUAGUUUUGUGUUUUUUUUUUAUUUUUUAUUUUUGUAGCUGCUAUACUCUGGAACUAGAACUGUAUGGAUGAUAGGGAGCUUAAAGUUGAUAAAUUGAUAAAUGAUAGUAUCUACAAAAGCAUUAUUUGGUAGCUUAUCAUAAUCAUCCCUCUGUUUAUUCUUAGAUACUAAUUAUAUUUAGAGAUGUAUGCCUGCUUAGCUGGUUCAUUCAGAAUUUUAAUAUAAACAUACAUUUUAAUUUGGGGGUAUAGUAGAAAUUUUUGGUUCUAAAUAUAUAAUUUGUAAGAAGAUGGUUUAAAAUAAUAUUAUAACAAUCCAGAAAAGUUGUUAUUGUUUUUGUUUUCUGUUGGUUUUUUUGUUGUUGUUGUUUGGGUUGGUUUAUGUACUUGGAAAAUAAGAUUAGGAAUGUAAUAGAACAGAAUUCUGCCUUGCUAUAGUACUUCUCUAAGGAGAAAAUCAAUAUAAAUUUUAAUAAGGGGAAAUAAAUCACUGAAAUGUUUCAAUGGUAUAUGCAACUAUGCAGUUUUGCUCCUAAAAGGACAGCACAAGCCAUGAUUUAGUGAGCACUGUUUGACCUCAUUUUUACUGUAAACCAAAGUUGAUUGGAUCUAAGACAAAGCUUAAUGCACAACAGUGAGCUGAAUUUAGUAAUAAAGGCCCCUUGUUGGUACUAAAAUUAUUUUCUGAAGAAGUACAAUAAAGGAAAUGUUAUCAAAAGACGUUUUGAUAACAUUAUGCUUCUAGCUCACAAAAAUCACAGUAUAGACAUAAUUAAAAUGAUUAUAUUUAUGGAGAACCUUACUUAGAGGUUCAAAUAUCAUCAGCAUUCAGUAGAAAAUUCAGCAAUAAUCUCAAGGCCAGAGCGACCAGGUUUUGCCAACACUAGCUUUCAUUGCACAGACAAGAAAAAUGAAGCAUGGAUUAAGUAUGAAUUAAGGGAGCUGAAGAGUCAAGAGCAAGAGCCAAAUGAAACUGCCUGGUUACAACUAUCUAUGUGGAAUAGGGAAUUACAAAAAUUUUGGUGAUUGAUGAUCACCAGUGAUUAGUGAGUAGUACUUAACUAUGCACCACCACCACCCAUUGCCAUCAAGCCAAUUCUGACUCAUAG